UUAGAAAGACGGUAAUAAAUUAAUUAUUGUUAGUGAGUUCCUGACAGUUCAACAUGAAGGGUUUUGCAUUUGUUUUGUUGUGCGCGCUUGUCGCCGUCCAGGGCCGCAGCACCGCGGUUCAAUCCGCAAGCCGCGAGCUCGCCACCCUCGGUGAGAACCCCUACGUGGUCCACCUCCGCCUGGCGGUCAGCACCAGCGGUCUCCUGAAGACCUGCGCCGCGUCCGUCAUCUCCCCAUCAUGGGUCCUCACUGCUGCCAGCUGCCUUGAAGACAACCGUUACGUCUGGAUCCGUUUCGGAGCCGUGAACGUCGCCAACCCUACCCUGGUGUUCGAGGCUGGUAACGCCGGCGUCAGAGUGCUCAACAACCUUGGUCUUUACACCGCCAACAACAGAGCCGUCGAUUUCUCACAGGCAGCUACCAUCGCUCCCGUCGCCCUUUCCGAAGCUGGUGUCUCAGACUCCGGCAAACUCUGCGUUUUCGGAGCCAACAGCGAAGGCGGCCCCGGUGAGCUCCUGUCUUGCGCCACCGUUGGUCUCGAAGCCCAGGAGGAUGGUUCCGUCAUCAUCAGCAGCGACGACGUUUCCGCCACCGAGUUCGAUCUUGGAGCAGCCAUCGUGAGCGACGGCGUCCAGGUCGGAGUAGUGACCGGCGCCGGCAGCGACGACAACGCUGGAGUCGCCACCUCCGUCGAGGACUACCUGUCCUGGAUCCAGGAGACGACCGGCGUGAACUCCAACUCCCUGGCCAUGCCCGAGGUCGCCCCCAGCGCCGUCAAGUUCGUCAACUAAGUCUCACUAAUACCUUUCAACUCAACACUGGUAAGGGACCCAAAAAGUCCCACAAUCCGGUCCUAAGGUUUGGUCCUUCGGUACAAAAUCGAAAACCCUUCCGGACACUUUCCAUCGAGUGCGACGUAAUUAGGACCAUACUUGUAUACAAAAAGGUUUCAGAGUUGUGUUAAUAAAUUAUUAAUAAUACA